AGAUGAGAACAAUAUGUAUAUGGACAAUAAGCGACUUUUCAGUAUAUGAUAUAUUAUGUGGAUUGACAGCGAUAAAAGGUUAUCGUUGCCCUUACUACCAAAAUAGUACAUAUGCUUUCCAACUAAAACACAGACGCAAAACGUGUUGGUUUUAUCUAUCACAUGAGAUUUCUACGAGGCAAUUCGUUCAUCUCUGUUCUUCAGGAUAUGGUCAUUCACUUUAUCGUUCUUCAAACAUCUAGAUGAAUAGAUGGCGGCUUUUGAGAACAAAAAUGCAACGAUCUAUACCAAAAUGCAACGAUCUCUACCACUCAACUAAAUACUAGCUUCACCCUUGAAGUGACCCUUGAGGCGCAAUAAUCUCUACCAAAAUUUUGAAAAUUUCGUUCCAUGUCCAUUUCUGUUACAAUUUUAUGCUGUUGUUUCUUUACAUCUGAAUCAAACAUAGGACUGCUGGUUAAUUAAAUAAUCCAGAGGGAUAAAGGUUGUUAGCACGUUGUGAGGUCAUGGUGACCAGUUAUCCCGGUUGUUUCUCUUCUGUACACAACCUUUUAUAAUAAAAAAAUCAAAGUCAAGGAUCAACCUUAAUCUUGACUUAAAAUGUACGAGCAACUAAUCCGAGAGGCGAAAACUGUUUUCUUUUUGACUUAAAACUGUCUAGAAAAAUGAAGAGUCUUCAAGGUCUUUUGCUACCUCUGAUCAUUGUGUCUUUUGUCACUAAUGCACAUCUGAUUCAAGCUCAAUCUGAUCCCAAAGGUACACUCUCUCAAACAAUUUAAAUUCCCUUUGUUUCAGUAGAAUUUGAUUUUUUUUUUUAAGUUUUGAAUUUAAAUUCCCUUUGUUUCUUAUAAUAUGUUUGACAUGGAUUUAUGUGCAAUCUCUUACCAGAAUUCAUCAACUUGGACUGCGGAUUACACCCCGCAGCAUCUCCUUACACCGAACCAUUGACUGGAUUAACAUACACAUCUGAUUUCAACUUCACUCAAGGUGGUACAAGUGGUAGGGUAGAAAGGUUUUCGGAGGAAGCCUAUAAGCCAUUCAACGUACUAAGAUAUUUUCCAGAGGGAAUAAGAAACUGCUAUAAUCUUAAAGUCACUUCAGGCACCAAAUAUCUUAUCAAAGCUCAAUUCAACUACGGGAAUUACGAUAGGCUCAAUGAUGGCCCGGAAUUUGAUCUUUAUCUAGGUCCCAAUAAAUGGACAAAAGUUGAUCUUUCAAUCUCUCCAAAAACAGAAGAAAUCAUACACAUCCCAAAGUUAAGCUCUUUGCAGGUUUGUCUUGUUAAAACAGGGGAUACCACACCAAUCAUUUCAGCCUUGGAACUGAGACCGUUGAAAGAUGACACUUACAUCACCACAAAUGGCUCCUUGAAGCUCUUACAACGACAAUACGCUAGCAAUGAUUUUUCCCGUCAAUCUGUCCGGUAUCCUAAAGAUGCAUAUGAUCGUGAAUGGGUUCGAAUAGGCGAUUCUAGGUUGAAUUUUAUAAACACAAGUCUCAGUGUAAACUCUUCUGCUCCUUAUGAGCUACCACAAGAUGUAAUUUCAAAGGCAGUCGUUAACAAAAACGUGACUGAAAAUUUAUCUUUUUAUUGGAGUGUUGAUAACCGUGAUUAUCAUGCACUCAUCUACCUUCAUUUCUCUGAGAUACAAACACUUCAAGGCAACGACACAAGAGAAUUCGACAUUGUGUGGAAGGGAAACGACCAAAACAUUACAGUUUCAUCUUAUCGCCCUCCGAAGUUACAGCUAGAGACUCUAUACAACACACCCCCUUUGAAAUGUAUGUACAGUACUCAAUGUACAGUGGAACUUGUUAUGACUCAGAGCUCAACCCUCCCACCAAUGAUUAAUGCUAUGGAAGCUUACAUCAUUAUGCCGUUCCCAGACGCAGGAACUAAUCCAGAGGAUGCUGUGGCGGUCCAGAAUGUUAAAGAUACUUAUGAGCUGAAUAGAAUUGAUUGGCAAGGAGAUCCAUGCGUUCCUCGACAGUUUAAAUGGGAGGGCGUAAAUUGCAGCUACACAAAUGCUUCUAUUCCACCAAGAAUCAUAUCGUUAGACUUAUCAUCAAGUGGACUAAACGGGGUCAUAGCAUCUAGCAUACAAAACCUAACCCAUCUACAAGAACUGGAUUUGUCGAAUAACAAUCUAUCUGGAGGAGUGCCCGAGUUUUUAGCCAACAUGGAGUCAUUGUUGAUCUUAAACUUAGGUUGGAAUAGCUUAGCCGGUCCAAUUCCUCAAGCCCUUCGCGAUAGAGAAAAGAAAGGCCUGAAAUUGACUACUCAAGGAAAUCCAAAUCUUUGUCUCUCCGGCUCAUGCAACAAUAACAAGAAAGUCUUAGUACCAGUUAUCGCAUCGGUUGCUUCAGUCCUGGCUCUUAUCGCCUUGCUGGUUCUCUUUUAUAUUUUCAGAAAGAAAAGACCCCUAUCAGAAGGCGCAGCUGCUACACGAGAGUUACCAAGAAAGUCAUCAAUCUUUUCCAAAAAGAAAAGGUUCACUUAUUCAGAAGUAGUAGAACUUACAGACAACUUCAAAAGAGUUCUAGGAGAAGGAGGAUUUGGAGCUGUCUACCACGGUUCUUUGAGUGAUACCGAACCCGUAGCUGUGAAAGUUCUCUCCGAGUCCUCAGUUCAAGGUUAUAAGGAAUUUAAGGCAGAGGUGGAGCUUCUUCUAAGAGUUCAUCACGUAAACUUGGUAAGCCUUGUUGGUUACUGUGAUGAAGGAGGUCAUUUGGCACUUAUAUAUGAGUACAUGGAAAAUGGAAACCUUAAACAACAUUUAUCAGGACAAUCUGCUGGAUCUACUUUGAAAUGGGCUAGUAGACUAAAAAUAGCUGUCGAGGCAGCACAAGGUUUAGAAUACUUGCAUGUGGCAUGUGAGCCGCCAAUGGUUCAUAGAGAUGUAAAAAGUACAAAUAUACUAUUAGACGAUCGCUUUGACGCCAAACUUGCGGAUUUUGGGCUUUCAAGAUCAUUUUCCGUUGGAGCUGAAACUCAAGUAGUGGCAGGAACGUCAGGAUAUCUUGAUCCCGAAUACUACCAAACAAAUCGGUUAAAUGAGAAGAGCGAUGUCUACAGUUUCGGUAUCGUACUUAUGGAGAUCAUCACAAACCGAUCUGUGAUUGAGCGAACUCGAGUAAAAGCUCAUAUAGCAGAAUGGCUAAAGGUUCUUAUAAGCAGAGGAGAUAUUGAGAAAAUCGUUGACUCAAACCUUGGUAGAGAUUAUGAUUCUAAUAUAGCAUGGAAGAUUCUAGAACUAGCAAUAUCAUGCGUGAGUCAUUCUUCAUCUGAUAGACCAAACAUGUCGAAAGUUGUGAACGUGCUUAAAGAGUGUUUGGUCUCUGAGAAUUUGAGGACAGGAGGACAGAUUCAAGAUGAUGACUCAAAGAACUUCUUACAACUGACUGUUGAUUUCGGGACUCGAGUGACCCCUGAUGCACGCUAGGCUGGGACAUGAAUCGAAUCAUUUAUCUUGUUGUCAUGUUGUAUUUCUUUAAUUUUUGUUUAUGUUUCUUUUUCAUAUUGGUCUGAAUCUCUGAUUUGUUUUUUCUUGUUCUUUGACUUGUCUUCGUUUUAUUUGAGCGAGUGGUCUUCUUUA